AUGGAGUCGUUGGGGCCGCACCAGCCCCAGCCUGACUCCCAAGAUCAUACCCGACGAACACCUCAACCUACCACCAGCGAUAAUACCGAUGAUGAGAACAGAGACAGUGGCUCAGCUUUGGGUAUUGGGGCUGCCGCUUUCAGCGUCGAGACGUCACAACAAUCAGCGGUCGACCCUUGUGACACAGACUCGUUUACACACCAUCUCGGCAGCACCAGUAACCUGCGGAGAACGUGGCAUUUAGUACCUCCGAAUGCAGAUUCGGAGAGUGUUUCUACUGAAAUACAGAACACUGGCUCUAGAGAAGCACCUGUACCCAAUAUUCUGGGCUCGUCAAGCAGUACGGUACCUACGGAUGCCAAUCCUGGAGCUACGAACAGGACGACCGACGAUGACGACAAUGAAGACCAGAAAGACAAGAAGGAGUCGCUCCCCCCUGAUGAUGGGAUGCGUUCUUUGCGGCAGCGAAUACAUGCUAUCCGAGCAAGCGAUGCAUCUGGUGAAGAAAAGGCCCAGCAGAUCCAUAAAAUCAUGAAUGAGAGCCACAGUGCCCACACCAGGCACACUAUAGGCUUUUGCGCAGAGGGUCCAUCAACGCAUCAAUUCACAUCAAGAGAUGGCAGCCCCUCAGGCAAAGAUUCUUUCUCACCUAGAUCCUUGAGUGGCUUGAAUACUUCUGGCCGCCCGUAUUAUCUGACAAAAGAGGACUAUGCUCCGACAUAUGCACCUGUAGAUGUUUUAUCUGAAGAUGACGAUGGUCACCAAGGGGCAGGGAGGCCUAACCUGGAAAAAGCACCAGAGCUGGGGUGCAAACAUUAUAAACGAAAUGUCAAACUACAAUGCUAUGCGUGCAAAAAAUGCUGCGAUUCCUACAAUACAACGGAAAUACGAGUAUAUAACGAAAAUUCGGACACUCUACCACCUAGUGGCGCUACUCUUUCCAACAGAAGUUUGGCGCGAUCAAUACCAGGAGUUGAUGGACCGUCGGGUUCAUUAACAGCAGGCACACAGCAAUCACGGUCACUUAAUGCACGAUCAGUCUCUCCGACUGUCAGCAAUUAUUUCGGACUAAGUAGGCGUCGAGAAUCUAUAUGGACUAACCCCUCACAACCCGGGGCCGGAAACUCAGCUGAAGAUAAUGAAUAUAGGGAAAAUAGUGCCAAUACAUCAUUUUGGCCAGUUUCAACCCUUAGACGCGCGACUUGGAAUCUCCUAGGAAGCAGCUGGCGGAGCGAGAGUGGAGAAGAUGAAGCUAUUGAUUUUGAAGAGGAUGCCGAUGACGAAAAGGAGGACGAGGAUGAGGACGAGGAAACUGGCGAUAUCAUUGAUAUUUUUGGCCACCGAUGA